UCACGUGAUUGGUCCACUUUGCUAGUAUUCGGAUCAUUCUGUCGGUACAGCGUCGCUUCAGAAGUUUCGAAAGACCAUUUUGGCUCAUCUUUACCCUGGACCAAAAUUUUUCUCACUUGUAAAGAAAAAAGAAGAUUCUCCCAGUGCAUCAGGCCAAUCUCAGACGUGUCAGAAAGCAAGAGAAGAACUACACUAGCUAAGUAGCUAGACAGCAGCAGAGUUGGAGAAAGACUACCAAUCGGAUUACUCCAGUAUCGAAUAUUACUAGGCCAUGAUGGCCUCAGAGGAGCUCUAUGAGGUUGAGAGAAUUGUUGGUAAACGUAAAAACAAGAAAGGGAAAAUGGAGUAUUUGGUCCGCUGGAGAGGCUAUGGCUUUGAAGGAGACACUUGGGAACCAGAGGGUAAUCUGGCAAGCUGCAUCGAAUUCAUCAGUGAAUUUAACCGCCAGCACAGUGAUAGGCAGAGAGACGGAACAAGCCUACGCUCAACACGCAGGUCUCCCAGUAUGGGUCUGAGCAGCAAUAAUGCACGCAAACAGAUGAACAGGGCUCAACCACAUAACAGUGGUGUAAACCUUGCUUUGGGAAGGAUUUCUCCAUCCUCCCCAAGCAUGCCUUCUACCAGUAUUACAAAACAGCUGCCCCCACCACACACUUCAUUAGAUAAUAAGAACUCCAAUUCUGAUGCAGACACAGAGAAACAACCUUUGUUGACUAACCAAAAAUUCCAGUGUUCCGCAGGUGUCAGCCUCAGCAGCACUACUGAGUCAGCAAGCAUAGCACCAAGCUCAGGUCAUACUGUGAGCACUUUACGCUGUAGUAUGGACUUGGCUAAGUCUGGAAUUAAAAUCCUAGUGCCAAAAAGCCCAAUGAACAGUCGGGCUGACUCUGAGGAGUCUCCUAGUGAGGCAGCACAUAGUCUGGACCAAGUUGGGCAGGAGCCUGAUAUUGUGGCACUGCAAGAGAAGUCUGUAGGACUUGUACUAGUGCCAGGACAGGAGCGGGCACGCAUGGGCACACGGCCCAGGAUACAGACGGCUCUCCCUCCACCUCAAGUCCCAAUUACGCCUGCUGCUGUUCGUACACUGAAUGGGAAAAGUCCCUCUACAGUUAUGGAGGCCUCCUCAGCCAAUGGGGUGGCAAGCUUCCAGAGAGGUGUGGCAGGGGUAGCAACUGGCUCAGGUGUAACAGGCCUAAUAGGAAAACGGAGGGUUGAGGAACGUUCUACAUUUGAUAAACGCCUGCGCUUCAGCGUUCGACAGACUGAGAGUGCAUAUCGCUAUAGGGACAUUGUGGUGAAGAAACAGGAUGGCUUCACACAUAUUUUAUUUUCUACUAAGACCUCUGAGAACAAUUCACUAAAUCCUGAUGUGAUGAAGGAGGUUCAGAGUGCCAUGGCCACAGCAUCAGCUGAUGACAGUAAGUUGGUCCUCCUGAGUGCUGUUGGCAGUGUGUUCUGUUUUGGCCUGGACUUCAUCUAUUUUAUCAGACGACUCACAGAUGACCGGAAGAGAGAAAGCAUCAAAAUGGCAGAAACUAUCAGGACUUUUGUGAACACUUUUAUCCAAUUCAAGAAGCCUAUUAUUGCUGCUGUGAAUGGACCUGCUAUUGGACUUGGAGCUUCCAUCUUGCCCCUUUGUGAUGUUAUCUGGGCCAAUGAGAAGGCCUGGUUCCAAACUCCUUAUUCAACCUUUGGCCAGACACCAGAUGCCUGCUCCUCUAUAACAUUCCCUCACAUAAUGGGAGUUGCUUCGGCUAACGAGAUGUUGCUGAGUGGGAGGAAAUUGACAGCCCAGGAGGCCUGUGCCAAAGGUCUGGUGUCCCAGGUUCUCUGGCCAGGCACCUUCACUCAGGAGGUCAUGGCUCGCAUUAGGGAGCUAGUCUCUUGUAAUUCAGUUGUUCUGAGGGAGUCCAAAGCACUGGUGCGGAACAUUAACCGGGCUGCCCUCGAGCAGGCCAAUGAGAGGGAGUGUGAAGCAUUAAAGAGGGUCUGGGGCUCUCCUCAGGGCAUGGACUCUAUACUAAAAUACCUUCAGAAGAAGAUCAAUGAGUGAAAGGACUGCUGAAAGUAACCAUUAUAUGCUGGACACCAUUCACAAGUGCCUGGAUUUUAGACAGUUUUUAGUGCAACAAAACAGCAUCAUGGUAAAUCCCAAUAUUGACCACUUUUAUUCAGUAGCUUACUGAAAUAUGGGAGUUUAAGGCCAUUACCAAGUACAAAUGUUUUUUUUUUUCUUCUUCUUUCAGUAGACAACAAGGUGCCUUGUACCCUGAUAAUGACUGUAAUGUGUAAUCCAAUAUACAUGUUACUAGAUGUAAGCUUGGUUCAGUUAAAAAAAAAAUUCAUUCAUUAAAAUAGUUGAAGAAGCAUUUUAUGAUUUGGCUCUGUCCACUAAAUGCCUUCUGAUAACAGGUUUAAUGGACUGAAAACAGUUCUGUCAUUUGUCCUUUUAAGAAAAUGUUUAAAAUCAUUGAGUACCUAUGUUUAUAUUCUGUCUUGAGCUCUGUUCAUCCACACAUUAUUUACUAGUUUCCAAUAAAACAAAUCUCUUGUACAAAAUAAAUAAAUCUUUUAGUCAUAUGUUUGUACAAUAGCUUUGUCAAACUUGCGGGUAUGAAAUGUGGACAUUUAUUUAUAAUAUCUUUAUAUUUAGUAUUUAUUGAACUCCCAGUAUUUGGGAAUUAUUAUUUCUUAUGUGUUUUUCCCUUUGAAUUGGUUUUUCCCAUUGAAUCAGUACAUUUUCUGUUUAAUUCUCAUUUGAUAAGUCCCCUAAUUGUUUCAUUUAUUUUAUUAUUCAUUUUUUUAUAUUAGAAUUUGUCUCUAACGUGAUAUAUAGAUUUUUUGGGGGGGAGAAAACUGGUAAUGUAUAACUUAAGUAUAAUGCUUUCUACUCUAAAAUAAUUUUCCUUGUCCAAUUUCUCGAUUGAAAAUAUAUAGUGAAUUAAAAUGCUUUUGAAACUUUUUAAAAAUUCCCUAUGAAUGGAAUCUGCCUUCUUUUUCUUCAUUUUACUGUUCCUGAUUUUAAAAAAAAGAUUGUAAUACUGCAGGCUUAUAGUUUUUGUGUACUUAUGACAGUUACUCUUAUGGCCGUGUCAUUGUGAUAUACUAUUAGGAAGAUCUAAAAUGUUUAUGCUAAAGAAAUUAAAUACUUCAUUUUAUAGCUCUGUGUUAGGUAUGAGGUAGAAUUCUGUGAACUAACCUUCAGAGAAAUUACUUUGUGCCUUCAAUAUUUAACAUAAUCUAUAACAACUCAACAAUGAUUGCUGUAAUAAAGGUCAAGAAGAUUUCACUGUAGACAAAGUAAGUGUGUGUGUGUGUAUGUGUAUGUAUGUACACCUGCGCACUUCAUGAAUAUUUUUUGAAGGACAAGUCAUAACAGAAGUGAGCAACAGCCAUUGAGCUCUGUGGGGAGUUCUGUGGCUACAAAGUUAAGAGACUACCCAAAGACAAGUAAGCAGCAGGGCAAUUCCUGCUGGUCUUUCCUGAAUGCAGAUAGGAUGUCACCUGCUGCUGGAGUAAGCCUUCACCUCCAAUAGUUUCUAGUCAUACAUGACAGAAAUGUCUUAUCAGUCUAUAGCUGUAGCUGUCAGAGUCAGUGUCUCAUGCAUACACAUGGAUGGGAUUUAGGGCCAAUUUUAGGUCUGUGUACUUGAAUAUGCACCUCAAGUUACAAGUUUAGAAUGCUCACGCAUGCAGCAUUUUGUACAUAAUGACUGCUGCCAUGUUCUAGUUCCAGUAGGUAUUGCACUUGAAAUGUGCCAGAUUCUAAGUAUAUUUUCUUUUAAAAGCAAUUAAAUGAUAUUCGAUGAACCUCAGAUUAUUGCGAUAUUGUUGAUUUUUGGUUUAGGUUAUUAUUGGUUAUUGAUUAUCUUGUUGAGUAUUUGAUUAAUUCUUGUGUAUUGUUUGCUAUUGUCUUGUUUUUGAUACAGGUUGAUUGUAAAGAAAUUUUCAGUGUUAUUAUUGUUGUUGUUGUUAUUAUUAUUAUUAUUAUUAUUAUUAUUAUUAUUAUUAUUAUUGCAGUUGCUCUUAUGUGGAACCCAGGAAGACUAGCAACCACUUUGUGGAAGCUAAUAGGAAUCCUAAUAAAGAAUCAUUUGGAAACCCA